GUGGUAGUAGUGACUUGUAGAGAAAAAGAAUGGAGUCUGUUUGUUCUUUUUAUAAGGAAGAUGUUUUUCCCAUUCUCUCACAGCUUUAUUCUCCAGCUCUUUUCAUUGUGACAGACAGAUUGAAUUAUUUGCCCCAGAAUAGAUUUUUAGGAGGUUCUGAUGGUUUGCAGUUGAUUGUUAUUCUGCCUAUGCUCUGUGAGGCUUUUCUCCAUCCUUUCCCAGCUUUUUUAUAAUUAGGUAGAAAUUUUCAGAGGAAGACAAUGGAGCAAAAUUAUUCACACAAAAUCAUUCCCAACAGUGUCAAUUCAGGAGUGAGAAGCUGGAGGGAAGGGGAGAUAAGUCUGGAAUAUGAAGGUUGUUUGCUGGAACCUCUACUAGAACUGGGAUUUUUUGGCACAGAUUUUGUCAUCUCAGCACAAAGUUGGUCUUUCCAGGUCUGCAUGUGUUUAUUUAAUGGCACGGAGGCUGUCGGUUUUUGCUGUGCCAGCCAGGGCUAAAGUCAAACAGGGAGAUUUUCUGUUUUUUGAGCUGAAUCCUGGGUUGCUGAUAGCACCCAGGCUGCCACAGCGCUGUCUCUGGCAAUGCCGUUUGAUAGACAUUUUAUUUUUUGAAUCUGUAUGUCAUCUGUGACCUCUUCUUUGGGGAGUGCCAGGAGAGAUGACAGGACCCUGUGUUUGCGUUCAGCUCAUACCCCAUCACAUGCCUUGAUGGGGAGGGUGCCUGUUUUAGGGUGAGAAGAGGAUUUGCACAAGGCAACACAGUGAGUCCAGAGCACGGCUUAGUAAGGUAAAUCAGGUCUAAACUUUGGUAUAUACUGAAUCUUGCUCUGAAGCUCUGUGUCCAGUAGUCCACUUGUGCUUCCAAAGUGACUGUGAACCCAUCAGAGGGAUAAGCUGCUGCUGGUGUGGUUUCUGCUGAAGCCACUGGCACAGUCGAGAGGCACGUGGAGUUUUAUCAGUGGCAGAGCAGAGUUUCCCUUUAAUUUCUAGAGUGACAGUUAAUAUCUCAGCUGGGUGGGGCCUGGGGGAUGGACAGACGGCAGCAAAGAUGGGAAUGUUCUUGCAGUGAAGGCAGCUCAAGAGAGUUUCACCAGGGGGUGGGAAGUUUUGUUUUGUCAUCUUUCCAAGAGGCAGGAGAGGUGUAAGGUAGAGCAGGCAGAAGAACCGAGCACCGUAACUCUCUGCUGCCUGAAAGUUUGACCUUAGGAAACCCAUUAGAAGGAAGGCAGGAUGUUCCAGUCCGUGACGUCUGCGAUGAGAUUAUCCGUGUCUGACAACAUCACACAUUCAACUGCCCUGGUGACAGCGUUGGAUAAUGUGACAGCUUUGUCCCUGACAACAGCACAGGCAAUCAACGACACCAACAUCACUGUGCCGCACAAGUGCCUGUUGUUGCUUUAUGAGGACGUUGGGAAGUCCAGAGUCCGCUACUGGGAUCUUCUGCUCCUGGUUCCCAAUGUGCUUUUCUUUAUGUUUCUUCUCUGGAAGCUGCCCUCUGCCAGGGCCAAAAUCCGGGUCACUUCCAGCCCCAUCUUCACUACGUUCUACAUACUAGUAUUUGUGGUGGCUCUUGUUGGUAUUGCCCGGGCUGUUGUCUCCAUGACUGUGAGUGCUUCUGACGCUGCCAUGGUUGCCGAUAAGAUCCUGUGGGAGAUCACAAGGUUCUUCCUUCUGGCGAUUGAGCUGAGCGUGGUGAUUCUAGGCCUCGCCUUUGGUCACUUGGAGAGCAAGUCGAGUGUGAAACGUGUUCUGGCAAUCACUACAGUGCUGUCUCUGGCAUAUUCCAUCACCCAGGGCACCCUGGAAAUCCUGUACCCUGAUGCCCACCUCUCAGCAGAAGACUUCAACAUCUAUGGCCAUGGAGGGAGACACUUUUGGCUUGCCAGCUCCUGUUUCUUCUUUCUGGUAUAUUCCUUGGUGGUGAUUCUUCCAAAAACUCCUCUGAAAGACCGGAUUUCUUUGCCCUCCAGGAGGAGUUUUUAUGUUUAUGCUGGAAUCCUGGCGCUGCUGAACCUGGUGCAGGGCCUGGGCAGUGCCCUCCUCUGUGUGGAUAUCAUAGAAGGACUGUGCUGUGUCGAUGCCACCACGUUCCUUUACUUCAGCUUCUUCGCACCUCUCAUCUAUGUGGCGUUCCUGAAAGGCUUCUUUGGGUCUGAACCAAAGAUCCUUUUCUCCUACAAAUGUCAGGUGGAUGAACCCGAGGAUGUGGAUGUGCACCUACCCCACCCAUAUGCUGUCGCUAAGAAGGAAGGAAUGGAUUCGGGGUUCUACUCGAACACUCAGAUCGAUACCACCGCCUACCUGGAUGACGUGGCCUCGAUGCCGUAUCACGUGGGCAGCAUCAACAGCACGGACAGUGACCGCUGGAAAGCCAUCAAUGCCUGAAGCAGGGUGACCUGCUUCAAGCCAUGCCUCGUUCUUUUCCUUCUCAACUCCUGGUGCUGCAGCUGUUAGGAUGUCCGUCGGAAAUCUGUCCUUGGCUGUCUGCAGUGGCUUUCAUCUCUUCCUUAGGAUUUCCAAAGCCUGUUGUGGAACUAAGCUGGCAGCCCAAAUCCUGUUGGAAAGAACAUUUUCUGGCACUACCUGAGAACAAUGUCAAACAGUUUUGUUCACAAACCUAUAAACACUGAACCUUCCUGAUGCUCUGUGUUCCAGAUGUGAAUGUGACCCAUAACACAGGCCUGACGGGCAUCUCUUCCUUUUCAAUGAUUGAAAGCACUUGUCUGCCAAUUAGGGGAAUGGUGUUUAGGGAUGAGGGUGUUGAUUUAACUGCUGUAUUGUACAUAUGUAGAAAGAUUUUGGUGGUUGAAACCAAAGAUGGUGUUCUGGGGUUUUUUCAAGCAGCGUGGUUGCCUGGGUCUUGUCACGAUGCAACAGCAUAAGGGGUGGUAGUGUCUGGAGAGGGAAGCUGGUCAGCUGGGCUUGUCUCUGGUUUCAGUUGAAAGUGAUGAAAGUAAUGAUUUGCACUUGCUAGGGGUUGAAAGGAGUGUUCGGAGUGUGUGUGGGAAGGAGAAAAGAGGAAUGAAGAGGAAUGAGCUGCUCUUUGUGCCCUUGGGAGCCUUUUGGGGGACUUGCAGCUAGUGGAAUUGAUGGACUGAGUGACAGGGAGACAGAAGGACAGACAGCACUGCUGUCUAGCUGAGCUGAAGCAGCUGUGAAAAUGCCUGUGGAGGCUGUAUGGUUGUGCGUCUGAGCUCACAGGAAAAUCUAAGUAACAACACUGAAUCAGGGCUGAGUUUUGAGAAUAAAACCUUUGAGGCAGGUGAAUUUUCCAUCUGUCCGGCUUCGUGGCUCUGGCAGGAUCCUGGGGAGUGCUCUGAAGGAGGAAGCUGACUCUGCAGAUGAAGGUUCCAGAGACAUUCAGGUGCUUGAGGCAGAGCAGAAGCCCUUGAUGAUCUGAGCUGUCAGUAUUUAGUGACUGGAAGCUCUCAAGCACCACAGUGGGCUGGAACGGAGCUGGCUGGCGGUUUUAGUAGGGAGGCAAGUGGGAGAUGGACAUUUCCCUGGCAGGGUCCCUCUCUUGUGUUGCCGUUCAGAUCCCCAGCCUUCUGCUGGUCUGAACAGGUUUUAUGGCUUGAUAUGUUGAAAAUUCUUUUGUGCGUGUGGAGUGUGGCUCAUUUAAAGACUAUCUGGAACUUCUUACUAACCUCUUCUGUGCUGGAAGGGGGACUGCUCCUGUCUGAGCUGUCUGGUGUGCAGUUUCAAGACAUGGUGUUCCAGUCCAGGACUGUUCAGCUGAAAGCUGUGUCAGGCUGGUUUCUGGGAUGCCCUGUGCUCUCCAAGGAUGCAGAGGUGUAUUCCUCUCACUUUGGGGGUGCUUUCCUACCUGAGUCCUCCAGGCAGGUGGAGAUCUGCUCUAAGCAAUAGCAACUUCCUGUGGUGGCAAGAGGGAAUUUGAAGUGUUUGGGAACUGUGUGAAUCUCUUGCCUCGACUCACUGCUGUUCUUGAAAAAUAUUGAGGUAAGAGUUUCUGGGAAAUUGUCGUGCAGGGUGCAGCAUGGAGGUGUUAGUUUGGAUCACAAGCAGGUGUUUGCUACCAGGUGUUCCCACCUCAGGGAAAGAAAGUUUGGGUAAGAACAUGAAGUUCACAUUGGUUGCCAAAACUAUGCAGGCCUUUGCUUUUUUUUCUUUUGUUAAUGAGCAGUGCAGCCUCUCUGUUCUGCCUGUGAACUUUGCCCCACAGGCCUCAAAGUAGCAUUGGCACCUUGAAAACAAACCAACCCCCCUUUUUUAUUAUUUACUUUUGAGGAAAAAAGGAUUCCAUUUGUCUACGUGCAAGAGCCGAAUUGUCUCAUGUAGAUCAACAGCCUUUCACGUUUACCCUCCGUGCAAUGACCAUGGAAGGGCUGGACAAGCAACUGGCUGGUUCAGCCCUUACCACAUCACGGAAUUGUUCUGUGCUCCUCCUGUCACUUGCUGUGAAGCAGCCUGGGCCACGCUGGCUCGCUCGCUUGCAAAGGGACGGAUGACGUGGUGGCUGGACUGCUCUGCUGCUGCUCCGAACGCUGCUUGCAGCGCUGAUCCUGAACCGCUGGUGGAAAACUUGGGCAAACCUGCAGAGCUUCCCUGGAGCUGGUGGGCCUCGGGCAGCCAAGAGGUGUAAAGGUCUUAAAGCAGCUGAGAAAUGGAGUGACCGCUUUUCCAUCCCAAGGAGUAUUUGCAGACUCUCAACGCCCUGACCGAGAGGACGUAUUUGCCCUCCUCGGGGAUGAGAAGAGCCAGUUAGGAACUGGCCUUUUUGUCACCUGUGCACGUGGUCCACACGUCCGUCCCGUCCUUGUCCUUUGCUGGCAGGACUCCAGUAUUUCUGGAGUGUUGCACGUUCUGCUGCUGAGCUUCUGCGUGAGGUCCCGGACUGACCUUCCUCCUGUUGUAUGUUUAUGUAUGUAUAUAUAUAACGCUUUGGGCCACAUUCAAAAUGGUCCUUCGGCAGAGUGUGUUAUGUGUGUGUUGGGGAUGCAAAGAGAGAAAAUAUAGAAUAAAUGUAUAUUUUUGUGUGUAAAAUAAAGAAAUAAAAUUAAGUUUGGCAUAAA